UAGGUGUUUCAAACCUGCCUGAGUUUCUCGCCCUCUUGUCCUCCAUCUCCUAAUGUGGAUGCUGAUUACAACGCUGGGAAGCAGCCUCGCGUGCGUGUCGAACUACGAGGGCUGAAGAACCUCGGCAACACGUGCUUCAUGAAUUCCGUCAUCCAAGCAUUGAAUACCACUGAUGUUUUUCGUGGGUAUUUGGUGCAGCUUCCCCUCCUUCAACCUGACGAUGAUGUUGGUGAUGACCACCAACCAUUGGCAAGUCCACGAUAUAAUACAAGACGAGCUGCAUCCGCGGGUAACACGUCAACAUCCACUGCGUCAACCUCAACACCUACGGAACUUCGCAAAGUUAUGAUUCGUUUG